AUGCUUUCUCUAUUCAAGACAGUAGCCUUCCUUGCCACGGUGGUCUCGGCAACGCUGUCUACGUCAAGCUUGAAUACCGAUUUGACCAUCCUGAUUAACAAUGAUCUUCAAGGAGCGGACAGUAAACAUGCCGAUUCCGGAUUCAUCCUCCUGAGCAAGCGCACCUUUGCCGAGGCAGUCGAGACGUGCGAGGCUCUGGGCGAGCAACUGUGGGCUCCGGAGCUGAAUCUCGGGGACAUCAGGCCCAACCUGGACUACUUGAUAUUCCAGGGGGCAACAAGUGAGUCGACGACCUUCUGGAUUGGGGCUAAGGAUGGCAAAGCGCGAGCAGCCACGUCGCGCGGCAUGAUGGCUACGAUGGAUCCGGACGAGCGAAUGAAGGCCCUCUGCACCCAUUCGGCGCCGUACUCGACAGCCGCAGUGGCCGACACGAGCGAGAAGUGGCAGCUCACGGUCACAUCGAGCCACCAAGAUAUCACGGGCUUUCGGGACCGGCACAGUUUCCGCUUCCUCGGCGUCCGGUAUGCCCCGCAGCCCGACCGCUUCGCGUACUCUGUCCCCUUCAAGGGCAAUGGCAGCGCGGCUUCGGCCACGGGGUUUGCUCCUCAGUGUGUCCAGAGCGGCAGUGGCGGCUCUGAGGACUGCCUGUUUCUGAACAUCUGGACGCCAUACGUCCCGCGCCCGGAGAGUGCCGCCAAGAAAAACAAGCAGAAGCCUGUCAUGUUCUGGAUCCACGGGGGGGCCUUCACGGGCGGUACCGGAAGCGACCCGACGUUUGACGGAGGGAACCUUGCCUCCCGCGGCGCCGUUGUGGUGGUGACGAUCAACUACAGGCUGAGCACGCUAGGCUUCCUGGCUCUGGAUGACGGCGUGACGAAGGGCAACUACGGGCUGGCGGACCAGAUAAACGCCCUGGACUGGGUGAGGGCGCACAUCCAGGACUUUGGUGGCAACCCUGAUAAGCUCACCGUAUUUGGGCAGUCUGCGGGUGCCGGCUCAGUCCGCGCGUUGAUGGCAUCCCCCAUGGCCGUUGGGAAAUUUGCCGGGGCCAUUAUGCUGAGCAACCUGGGCGGGAUCAACUAUGGGACUACGUAUUCCAAGUAUUACACCAUCCCGGAGGAGGUCGAGGUCGCAGCAAAGCCGAUUCUCAAGGCGACCAACUGCACCGAUGCCCCGUCCCAAGUCGAGUGCCUCCGCGCGGUCCCUGCCGCCACAUUGGCUGAACUCGACACUGUCGCUCGGUACAUCGUUGUGGACGGCAAGUACAUCUUGCAGGACCAGCUGAGGAUGGCCGGCCCGCGCCAGCCCUAUGAGCUCAUGAUGGGCAUCACGGCGGAGGACGGUGCUCCCUUCAUCAGCUAUCCCAAGACAGCGGAUAGAGCCGCGUACCUCGAGGCUGCCGGCUUCCCCAACCUACCCGAACACGUGUUCCCGGUGCCCGAAGGACCCGACCCGCUCGCCAACCUGUUCAACAUGAGCUCGCGCCUGGCCACGGACGGCAUCUUCCGGUGCGUCGACCAGGACACGGCCUACUCCGGGCUCAAGAAGGGCAAGUUCGGCCCGGUGUACUACUACGAGUUCGACCGCACAUAUCAGCCGGCGGGCUGGCCCGACCUGGCGGCCUGCGAGCCUCCCAAGAGCACCUCUCACCCGCACGGCGAUCCCAGCCUGCCGUACCUGCGGUGCCACUCUGGCGAGCUGUACUACGUGUUCGGCAACCUGGCGCGGCAGGGCCUGCCCGUGCGCGACGAGGCGGACCUGCCGUUCGAGCAGUUCGUCGUCGACUCGUUCUCGUCGUUCGCGCGGACGUUCAACCCGAACCCGGAGCGCGGCCUGCUGUCGGCCCGGCGGUACGAGGAGACGCUGCAAGAGAUCGAGAAAUACGGGCUGUGGAUGCCGGCGACGCCGGACGACAUGACGUUGCGGGUUCUGCAGUGGCCGACGUCACGGAGGGACUUUGGCGAGCUGGAGCAGUGCGACGCUCUGGGUCUCGGGUAUGAUUAUUAUGGCUAG